UUGGUUUCUUGCACAUGACAUAUGAGUAUAUGACACACCACAUGACUACAUGACCCAAAUUUUCACACCCACAAACGCACUUCAUAGUUUUUACAUUUCAAUCUACCAACCAAAAAUCUCAUCGAAAUUCCGACCAAAAUGUCAUCGCCGCCGGAAAAACCAUCGGAUUUAGACGAAACCUCUGAAUCAAGAAACAAAGCAAGACUAGCAAUCAUGGAACUCGCUAACAUGAUAAGCAUUCCCAUGGCGUUAAACGCCAUUGUUCGUCUCAAAGUUCCUACCGCUAUGUGGUCUUCCAACCCUAAAACCCCUCUAACACCUUCCCAAAUUAUCCCCUUAAUCCUCCCCAACAAUCCUCACGCCGAUGCCGAUAAUCUCGGCCGUCUCCUCCGCUUACUCUCUACAUACGGGGUAUUUUCCGAACACCCACCUCUUCCAGGAGAAUCUUCUAGAAGGUAUUUAGUAACUGAAAUCGGAAGAACUCUGGUUGGUGAUGAUGAAAAUGGGAUUUCGCACGGGGAGUACUUGCUGCAACACCAUCAAGAAGCGCUUGUGAAAGCUUGGUUGUUGGUUGAUCGUGCGGUUAUUGGUCCGACUUCGAAGACUCCAUUUGAGGUGGGGAAUGGGGAACCUGCGUAUGAGUAUUAUGGGAAGAGUGAAGAGAUGAAUGGGCUUAUGCAACGAGCAAUGGCGGGUGUGUCUGUGCCGUUUAUGAAGGCGGUGUUAUAUGGUGGUUAUGAUGGGUUUGAUGGGGUUGUAAGAUUGAUUGAUGUCGGAGGAAGUGCUGGUGAUUGUUUGAAGAUGAUUAUGGGGAAAUAUGGAGGGAUUAAAGAAGGGAUUAAUUUUGAUCUUCCUGAAGUUGUUGCUCAAGCUCCUCAAAUUCCAGGUGUGAUCCAUGUGGGUGGUGACAUGUUCAAAUCAAUCCCUUCUGGUGAUGCUAUCUUCAUGAAGUGGGUACUAACUACAUGGACUGACGAUGAAAUCAAGCUGAUAAUGAAGAACUGUUACGAUGCCCUCCCAGCAGGAGGGAAGUUGGUAGCCUGUGAGCCAGUGUUGCCCGAUACCACUGACGAAAGUCAUCGGACACGUGCCCUCCUUUCCGGAGACAUCUUCGUCAUGACAAUCUAUGGAGCCAAAGGCAGACAUCGGAUGGAGGAAGAGUACCGACAGCUAGGAAGCUCUGCAGGUUUUCCUCAUUUCAGAGCUGUGCACAUUGACUAUUUCUUCACAAUCCUUGAAUUCCAAAAGUAGUUCUGAUAGUGUAUCUUAUUAGGUUACUAUUUAUGCAAAAUAAUCGUUUCUGUACCUCAAAUAUGGGAUAGUAUCUACUAUCUAGGAUAGUUAUAGUCGAAUUGAAUUUGGGUCGAAUAUCAUAAGAUCUUGAUCCAGACCCAAAACUAUGUUGAAAACAGGAGGUAAGCAAGGAAAGUAAAGGGAGAGAAAUAGAACCAUGACAUUUCUUAAUUCCUAAACACCAAGAGGAGAUUUUUUUGUGUUUUAAUAAAAUGUACCACAUCUGAAAAAACAAUGUAGUGACGUUUUUAUAUUCAUACAUUAGCGGAGAUCCCCAGUCCAUCGCAGCUUCA